AUGAUUGUUGGAAACUCUAGGAGAAAGAAUGUUAUGGUUGCUCAGCAAAACGCCGAGCCAGCCGUACCAGCACCAGAAACAAACGAACAGAGCAUUUUAUCCUUCAUCGAAGGCAGAGAUUACAGUGGUGCAGCAACAUAUAUCGAUUUUCUUCAUAAAGAGCUCAAUCAGCCAUAUACUAAAGAUAUGAAGUUAUGGCAUGGAUAUGCAUUAUUCCAUUCAGGUCAAUAUGAUGAUGCUAUUGAUGUUUACGAGAAAAUGCUUAAAGAAGAGCCAGAUGAUACUAUGUUAUGGCUUUAUAUUUCAUCUUGUCAGUUCUAUCUACGCGACUUCGAAAAUGCAAGAGAUUCUGCUAACAAAGGACCGAAUUGCGACUUCAAAACAAGGCUUUUAUUCCAUAUCGCGCACCAAACUAACGAUGAUAAGCAGUUACUAGAAUCGCAUAGCCAAUUAGUCGGAACAUUGCAAAACCAGCUAUCUCUUGCCGCUAUUCACUACAUGAGAUCUCACUUCCAGGAAGCUAUAGAUAUUUAUCAGAAGCUUUUAAUGGAACAUCCAGACUUUUUGGCUCUUAACGUUUACAUCGCUAUGUGCCAAUUCAAGCUAGAUAACUAUGAUGAAUCAAAUGAGGCUGUUGACGUUUAUCUUCAAAUUAAUUCGGAUUCCGCUGUGGCAUUAAACCUGAAAUCAUGCGAUUAUCUUAGAAUAUUCGAUGCAAAUACUGCAGAAUCACAGCUUCUUCAGAUCAGGAAGUUCAGUUCUGCAACAUACGGAUUUGUCGACUCUCUGAUCAACCACAACCUUUGUAUCUUCCAUAACGGUGAUGAUGGCUUUACGAUUUUACCAAAACUCGUUGGAGUUAUCCCAGAAGCUCGCUUUAAUUUGGCAAUUCUUUACAUGAGAGAGAGCAAUGCAAAGGAAGCAUACAACUUACUUCAAGAUUUCCAACCACUCGAUAUUUCUGAAUCUAUUCUUCGCGCUACAGUUCUUCUUGCUUACGGACAACUUCAAUCUGAGCCAGGACCCAUUGAUGAAGCUAACCAGAUCUUCUCAGAGGUCGGCAACAUGGAUAUGAUUAAGAAUACAGUCGAAGGAAGACAGGCUUUAGCUACAACUAAAUUUAUUCAGUCCGAUUACGAAAGAACACUUCAAAUCCUUCAAACAAUCGAAGAUAAGAUCGGCGAUACAGAUGAGUUCAACUAUAAUAUCGGUAUGACUUACUGUGGCCUUGAAAAAUGGGCAGAAGCCGAGAGAAGAUUAUUAAUGGUCAAAAACCCAGCAUAUACACGCGAAAUCUUUUACGUUUCAUUCUUAUGCAAAUGCUACAUCAUGAACAGAAAGCCAAAUCAAGCUUUUAUUCUUUAUACAGAAAGUAUUAAUACAGAAGAUGCCAAACUCCUCCUCCAAAUUAUUUCUACGCAUUGCUACCAACAGGGUCAGUACUACUACGCGAUGAAGGCUUACAACAUUCUCGCACAGUUCGAUCUUGACCCAGUAAACAGACAAGGCAUGAUUGCCAGUGCUGUCGGUGUUUUCAGAAAUGUCCUUUCAAGGAAGGAAAGUCCGGACAAACUCCAGGAAGUCAGAGAAGUCUUAGAAUCAGAUCCAAGCGCUGAAGAGGUAAGAAACGUUAUUAAUAAAUACAUAGAAACAUCUGGAGAGUUCGAGACAGCAUUAUAA